GAGGUGGUGCUGCACCCACGCCGACCUCGGCUGCGAGGGGCACAAGGCGGUGGAGCGCUUCGACUGCCGCGACGGCUUCUUCCGGUGGAAGCAGGCGUGGCUGCCGGAGAAGCAGGAGUGGUGCUGCGCCAACGAGGGCCGGGGCUGCCCGGACGAGCCCCCGGAGCCGCCGCGGGACAAGCCUACCGUGCCGGUGCAGCAGGCGGACAAGCCUACUGUGCCGGUGCAACAGGUGGACAAGCCCACCGUGCAGGCGACUGCGCCCGCCGCGGCCCGCGGCCUGCGCCUCGGGACCUCGAAGGGCGCCGGCGCCGCCGGCGCCGGCGCGUUCGACUGCUCCGAGGGGUACGAGGAGAGGCUGCGAUGGCCGGAGGACAAAAGGAGGUGGUGUUGCAGGAGAGAGGGGCUGGCCUGUUCCAGGGCGUCGCGGGCGUGAGCGGAGUGGGCCCCCGCCCGCGCCGCAGUGGCACCGCUCUGGGCCGCUGGCGCCGUGUUGCCCACAGCCGCGUCGAGGGGGGAGAGGAUGAGUUGUUCGCGUCAUGCGUUUCCCCGAGGCGGGCUCGUCGUUUGCUCGUCUGGGUGGCGUACUGCCCAACAGGAUUGUGUGUUCAUCUUCUUGUGUUCUGAAGUUUGAAGCACUGCGCCAAGAAGGCGUGAACGCGAAGGCAGGUACAAUGAUGAUGGCCACUUGUAAAGUACGACCCCCGCUAGGUGCAUUGGUGCUCUGUCCAGAAGCCCUCCAAAGGAGGGAUACGUAGCGUGCUCUAUGCGGGCAGGCUCGUGAACAGGGGGGAGAGAUGAGCAGAGCUCGCCUCCAGAUCGAGAUGUUAAUGAUGCACGCGGAGCCGAGCGGCGC